AUGGCGCCGCUCAACCUCCUCCCGGCCGUGCCGCUGCAGCACCCCUUCAGCGGCACCUUCGCCUACCCCGCCGAGGACUUCAUAGCGCUCGCCGAAGCGAACAUGAAGCCGCACCCGACCUUCUUCAACGCAGACGACAGGCGUCGGAUCAUCUACUGCGUGAACGCCUUCACAGGCCGCGCGCGCCUGUGGUAUUUUGAGUGGGCGCGGCGCAAGGCGGGCGACCACCAGCGGCCGGCCGACUGGUACAGCGUGUUCAAGGAGGACUUUUUGGAGCAGUUCUGCAUCCCCAAGAUCAAGACGCAUGACUGGCUCUUGCGCCAGCUCGUCCACGAGACUAGCGUCAGUAGCUAUGCCGAAAUGUUCCGCAAGACGGCCCUCGCAUGCCGCGAAGACGUCGAUAGCCAGUAUAAUCGCCUUUGGUGGGUUUAUGGGCUUCGUGGACCCCUGCAGGCCAAGAUCCUCGAUGUCUUCCCCCUCCUUGACACCUAUGCUGAGCUCGUCGAGGCCGCCGCAGACCAUGAACGCUUCAUGCUCGCUGGCGGCGAUGCGCCGAGGACGGGGCGUAAUGGAAUGCUUGCCGUCGUCUCCCUUCUCCUCGGCGGCGGCGACGAACUGACGGAUGCUGCGGGGUCAGCUGAGACGUUCAGGGACUGGCGAGCUGGCUUGUGGUUCGAGGAGGAAAACACUGGCUCUCUGCUCACAAGAGCAACGAAGCCGAUCCCGAGACAGAGCACUCGAAGGUCCUUUCCCGAGCGCUCGAACGAGACCGCAGGACCUCGUUAUCUCCAUGUUGCUGGGUGCGGCGUCGAAAAACACUCACAAGUCGUCCUCCUCCUUGUUGCCGGUGUUGAUCGAGGUGUCGUCCUUGGCGGCGGGGGGAGCGGCCUGCUCCUUCUUGUCGCCACCGCUGGAGGCAAGAGCAAUGCCGAUGGUCGAGAAGAUGGUGCCGAGGGCACUGCGGGUCAGCUUGCCAACUGGGAAGGGAGCUGGGCGAUGGGGGAAGGACUCCAAACAGCUUCGAGUUCACGUUUCACAGCCAAGAUAUUGACAUGA